CUUCCACAGUUAUUAUUGGAAGGGCUUUCUUUGCCUGCCAUUGCAUGAAUUUGUAUAUCGUGAGGCAAGUAGGUACAAUGAUACACUAUGCCCAGGGAGUCGAGAAAAUUUUCCCAACCGGAACGGGAAUCGAACCCGCCGUCUCCGGAUUGGCGAUCCAUAGCCUUAACCACUAGGCUAACUGGAGACCCAAUUUUUGUUUAAAUGAAGGGUUUUGUUCAUCAUAGAUGGAUUAAAUCAGGUUUUUAUAGUAUUCUUUAAGAAAUUCCCCCUGGUACUGCAGAAACCAUUUCUGGCAUUCUUCAAAGAAUUAUUGUUGGGAUUCCUCAAGAAGUUCCAUCUUGCAUUUCUCCAGGAAUUCAUUCUGGAGUUUUUCCAGGACUGGGACUCUUCUAAUAUGUUUACUCUAAGAUUCCUCUUGAAAUUUCUUCUGAGACUCCUACAGAAGUUACUUCUGAGAUUCCUGCGGGAGUACUUCCAGGAGUUCUUUAUGUAACUCCUCCGUAUAUUUCUUCUGGGAUGCCCCCAGGAACUCAUUCUGUUUUUUUCCUCGAGUUCCUUCUGAAAUUUCUCGGGGAAUUCCUUUAUCCGGGAGCAGUCGCAUCGUGUACUGUGUACACGCACCAUGAAAAAAGCACGCUUGUGGUACACAGUGUGAGCGUGGUGUCACUGAUGGGUAUCUCAAGGAAUUUCUUAUGAGGUUUCUCCAGGAUAUUUUUUCAAAAUUUCUUCAGUAUUUUUUAUGGGAUUCUAGAAUUUCUAGGAAUUCCUUUUGCUAUUUAUGUAUACAUUUAUUUUGAUUCUGGUUCUUCUUGAAGAUGAAUUCCACUUGAGGUUCCUCUUGGAUAUCUUUCUGGGAUUUCUUCUGGAAUUACUUCUAGUUAUCCUGUAGAAUUUCCCUCUCUAAUUUCUCUAGAUUUUUUUCUGGUAUUCUUGAUUAUCUGAGAUUUUUUCAAGGAUUUUUCCAAGAGUUCCAUCUGAGAUGUGUAACGUUCGAUGUUGAUUUUGAAUGGAAACAUUUGCUUAAGGAUAGUUAUAAUCAGAAUCAAAUAAGUGUGUAAUCAAAAACAGCUAUAAAAUAGCGCCCAGCACUAUCGAUUGCUUGAAAAGAAACUAGAGCACCAAAUUUCACUGCAUCGCUGCGCUCGUCGUCUAUAUCGAGACAAAGGAUGACAAUCAAACUUCCGUCAUCGCCGUGAUCGCCGACCGGAGGGUGGAAAAACUGCGAGCAGUUAGAAGGUGUGGUGUGCUCGAAGCGGUGAGGCGACAUUUGCAGUUCGGUUCGCAGAAAGGACUGGUAGCCGUGCCGAGAACUGGACAAAGAAGCCCGCUACGGACGGGCAUUACUCUGGUUCAAUCGUUGCCAUCCAUAACGGCAAAGCAAAAACGGAUCAAAAGCGCCUGAGACCCUGCGAAACCCCGGUGGCUACCUAAAUCAUUCCAGCCGGGAGCGCUCGGAAUAGCCGACAGCAAUCGUAAGUUUGGCUGAUUGAUAAACAUAACCACAAUGUUAACUCGAACGUUUAUGCAGGUCUCGGAGCGUAUGCCGUGGCAGAAGGCGAAAACCAACCGAGCAGCACUUCGUAUUGCCGUCACCGAACGAUCGCACAAAUCACCAUCCGAAGCACGAGGCAAUCCGAUUGGACCCCCAGAGGCAAACGAGCAACUUGCGCAACCGGAGAGGCCCCAAAGGGUGAGUUUAAAGAAAAUAAACAGUGUCAAAAGACGUUUAUGAACGUACAUUAUAUCGACAGGGCCUUUUUUGUUGCGUGGCUUAUCACGUGGAUCCCACUUGGACGAGUCCUUUCCUCGGAUCGCGGACAGGAGACACCAGCUUGUCAAAUCAUCGUGGGUCGAUAGCACCCGGUUCGGUUUGGAUCUAGAGGCGACGGACGAGAGUGGUGGGCUGCAUUAUCCGGCCGGACCCGAUAAUUGGACGAACGACCGUACAUUAGGCGAUAUCGGGAAUCACCGACCGCUUCUGCCGACAAGCACCAUACUAUCACCACGGCGGAUUCGACAGCGAAGUACGUCUAGUCGAUUUUAGCUUACGAGCGAAAGUCGUCGAUUCGGAUCACGUGCGCGGAGGCGAUCCACUGGUCACAACCGGUGAGCGAGGUACCAAGCCAACACGCAUGGACGUUCAUCAGUGAAGGACGGUAUGAGCCGGUUAAGCGGUAAGCCAGAACGAUCAAUGUGCUAAAACCAAGAUGAUGAAGAUUAGAUUAAGUUUCUAAGUUAAAACGCAUGCGUGAAAGACCAGGAGUGCUAGGGACCUUAGAAGAAAAACUGGAUGCCCUAUGGGUGAAAUGAGUUAAGGUUGAAAUAUACAAUGUUUCCAAAUUGAAUUUGGCUCCCUUUUGCUUUGGUUAGUGGAAAGAUCCAAUAUUGGCGCCCAACCAAAACGAGCCCAUAAUAUUAUUAUUUGAAAUAAUAAUAUUAAAUUAUUUGUGGGGAUUUUAGUUCUUCGUCCGUUUGGCUAAAUUUUUGUGUUGAAGAUCCUUUAGACAGUAUGGAUCCCUUAUACCUCAGCGAUGAGGAACUCAAUUAUGAGUUGGCUUUGCGCCGAUGCAACCAACCAGCUUCUGCAACCCGCAGAAUCAAAGGAGUGCAGUUGAGAGCACUCAUUCAAAAAGAGUUUGCCGAAAACGUGAAAUAUACGUCAUCUGAGCAUGCCAUGCCGCCAGAUGUUAACAUUCAUCGUUGUGAACAGCAAGUUAGACUGCUGAUUCCAAUGAUUGAGACGGCACUCAAGAAACGUAACACGGAUUUUCUAAUCCAAUCCCGAUCUCGAAUGUUACAUUAUCGAAAUCGUCUGUCAAUCGUGAAACCUCCGUUAGACCUGAUCGAUAUGCACGCGUCGGUGUCAAUGCAAGUGAAGUUCCUGAUAGAAGACAUCAGUGAUCGACUUGGUGAUCCGGUAAUCAGUGAUAGUAGUGCGCAAGUGUUACAACCAGCAGAUGGCGCGGGAUCACUGGAAUACCAGCUACACCACAACACUCUUCUUUCACCGCAGGAAGAACAGAACCAGAGUAGAACGGCAGCAGCGAUCACGCAAACGGGCGCUAUAAGGAGGCAAAACAACGAAGGACUUCACAACGACUUUAUCCGAGCGACAAGCUCACCGAUUCGGUCGGGCAGAGGAAGAGGACGCGGAGUUGCGAUAAACCUUUCUCAGCCGGGCCGUAAUUCAUCACAACCAAGAGACACACCUCCACCGGCAUACCAUCCCAUUGGAACGAGGAUGGCGCAGGACAGCACAACCGACCAUUUGAGAGACGAGCUACUGAUACAACUGCUUCAGCGUGAACAGCACGCACAGGACAGGCAAGAGACAGGAAGAGGCCUCAAAGCGGUUCAUAACUGGCCAUUUAAGUUCAAAGGCGAAAAGGACACCACAUCGUUAAACACAUUCCUAGACAGAGUGGAAACCUUUGCGCGAUCAGAGGGUCUUUCCGACGAUACCCUGCUAAAGUCUAUCAAACAUCUGUUACUAGAUGACGCUUUGGAUUGGUAUGGCCGAGCGGUGUCGCAGAACCUGUUAGUGACGUGGGCGGCUUUCAAAAACGAAAUACGUAAAGAGUAUCUACCCAGCAGCUACGAACAGAUCCUAAAAUUAGAAGCCAUCUUCCGGUUUCAAGCACCGGACGAAUCCUUCGCGAAGUAUUAUCGUGACAUAUCAGCGUUGUUUCGUUUCGUUCAGCCUCCCAUGAGCGAGCAGGAAAAAUUCUUUAUUGUGAAGAAAAAUAUGAACGCCGACUACGCAACGAUUGUCACCGCAGCGAGGCCAGCAUCUCUACAGGACAUGGUCGAGGUUUGCAGUAGCUACGAUGAGACCCGCAUGUUGCUGAACCGACAGAAACGAGUUCCUUUCCCACAGAACAGCUUGUUGGAGCCCAACUUGGCAACGCCGGUGAACCGUCCAACACCUUUGAAUCGUGGAAACCCCCGAUUCGGACGAGUACAUGCACUGAACUCGGAGGAGGACUUCAGCCAACUUGAAUCCUGCAGCUGUCAACCACAGGCUACCGCGAGUAAACAACCCACCGCUAGCGACAACCGCAAGAAAUUGCAAGAAUCGGAGUCCACAGGUGAGAAGGAAGAUUGGCAGCAACGGAUCCUGGAGUUAACGGAACAAGUGAACGCGUUGAAGCUACGGCAAUACGACAGGGACGAACGACCGCAUCGAAAUCAACGGAUUCAAGACCAAGAACAGCCGGAACGGGCGCCACAACCUGGUGACCAAAGGAGAGGGGGAUUGAUCUGCUGGAAUUGCGAUGAAGACGGGCAUAGGUUUAUGGAUUGCCCAAAGCCGCAAGCAGUCAUGUUCUGUUACCGAUGUGGACACAAAGGGUAUUCUCUGCGCAACUGUCCCACAUGUCGAGCAGGCUUGGGAAACGCAGUUGCGGGGAACCAGUAAUCGAGGGAAGGAGUUCC